GUGUGUUUGCUCUGCGCUGUCUCUACUACCCGUAGAUCAUCCCGGAGGGCCCUGGGCUCAGAGACAUGAGUAAUUCAGGAUCAGCCCUCCAGGGCACACCCGCCGCCCCCGACACCUAUAAAGGCUGGCUCUUCAAAUGGACGAACUACCUGAAGGGCUAUCAGAGGCGCUGGUUCGUGCUGAGCAAUGGUCUGCUGUCCUACUACAGGACGCAGGCUGAGAUGGCCCACACCUGCCGGGGAACCAUUAAUCUGUCUACAGCUCACAUUGACACAGAAGACUCCUGUAACAUUGUCCUUUCCAAUGGUGGGCGGACAUACCAUCUCAAGGCAAGCUGUGAAGUGGAAAGGCAGAGAUGGGUCACUGCUUUGGAGUUGGCCAAAGCCAAGGCUAUCCGCAUGAUGAACAACCAGUCAGAUGACUCUGGGGAUGAGGAACCAAGCUCACAGUCUGACAAGAGUGAGUUGCAUAGCUCCCUAAAAGCUCUGACCAGUAAGCUGGAUGACCUCAGCACAUGCAAUGACCUCAUCGCUAAGCAUGGAGCCGCCCUCCAGCGCUCCUUGAGUGAGCUGGAGAACCUUAAACUACCAGCAGAGAGCAGCGAGAAGAUCAAAUCCGUGAAUGAAAGGGCCACUCUCUUCAGGAUCACUUCCAAUGCAAUGAUCAAUGCAUGUCGGGACUUUUUGGAGUUAGCGGAAACCCACAGUCGCAAAUGGCACCGUGCUUUACAGUAUGAACGUGAGCAAAGAGCACGCCUGGAAGAGACUAUUGAGCAGCUAGCAAAGCAACACAACAGCUUGGAACAAGCCUGCCGAGGAGCACCAAGCCUGUCCUCCAAUACUACAGGAACCCCCAGCUCUGUAAAAGGGAAUGUCCAGUCUGUAAAAGGGGAAGCCAGUGAUGAAGAUGAGGAGACAGAGUACUAUGAUGCCAUGGAGGACACACCAGCCUUUAUCACAGUAACAACUGACCCCAAACAGCACAGGCGUUCUGGAAGCAAUCUCAGCAGUGCUAGUGGAGGCCACCCAGAAGACUGGCACCUAGAAGACAAUGUAUUUCACAGCUCACACGAAGGAAGUUAUUAUGACUCUAAACGCAAAGAUGUCUUACCUAAGAAGAGGAGGCGGACUCGAGUUCCUGAUAAACCAAACUACAGCCUUAAUCUCUGGAGUAUAAUGAAGAACUGCAUUGGCAAAGAGCUGUCUAAAAUCCCCAUGCCUGUGAAUUUCAAUGAGCCUCUGUCCAUGCUGCAGAGGUUAACUGAAGAUAUGGAGUACCAUGAGCUCUUGGACAAGGCAGCAAAAUGCGAGAACUCUGUAGAACAGAUGUGCUUUGUUGCAGCCUUUUCUGUGUCUUCCUAUUCCACCACAGUCCAUCGGACAGCAAAACCAUUUAACCCUUUGCUAGGAGAAACCUUUGAGCUGGACCGACUAGAAGAUUUAGGAUUCCGUUCUAUUUGUGAGCAGGUCAGUCACCACCCGCCAGCAGCUGCACAUCAUGUUUACUCCAAGAAUGGCUGGAGUCUAUGGCAAGAAAUUACAAUUGCCAGUAAAUUCAGGGGCAAAUAUCUCUCAAUUAUGCCACUAGGGGAUAUCCAUCUGGACUUUCCAUCCAGUGGGAACCACUACGUUUGGAAGAAAGUCACAUCAACUGUCCAUAACAUCAUUGUGGGCAAGCUCUGGAUAGAUCAGUCUGGAGAUAUUGAAAUUACAAACUAUAAAACCAAGGACAAAUGCCAAAUGAAAUUCACCCCAUACAGCUACUUCUCAAGGGACAUUGCAAGAAAGGUCACUGGGGUUGUGACUGAUGCAAACGGAAAAGCACAUUAUGUUCUAUCAGGAACGUGGGAUGAAAAGAUGGAAUGUGCAAAGAUUGUGCAAAGCAGUCAAGGCAAUGGUAGUGGAGAAGGCAAGCAGAAGACUGUGUACCAAACCCUUCCGCCAAAGCUACUGUGGAAGAAAUACCCUCUCCCUGAGAAUGCGGAGAAUAUGUACUUUUUCUCUGAACUUGCACUUACUCUUAAUGAGCCUGAUGACAGCACUGCCCCCACCGAUAGCCGACACAGGCCAGACCAAAGGCUAAUGGAGAAUGGCAAGUGGGAUGAGGCAAAUGUGGAAAAGCAGCGUCUGGAGGAGAAGCAGAGGGCCGUGCGAAGAAGGCGAGAGGCAGAAGCUGUAGAGGCUCUAGAAGAUGACAGCUCAUGUAGUACUGCACCUCAAUGUAAUGACUAUGAAGGAUAUCAGCCGCUGUGGUUUGAACGCAAGGUCGACUCUAACACUGGGGAUCUAAUGUGUGUUUACAAAGGAGGAUAUUGGGAGUGCAAAGAUAAACAAGACUGGUCUAACUGUCCUGAUAUUUUCUGACUAGGGUUAAAAGAAAGUUACAAAUCUCACCACCUCAAGCUGGGCACGCAGAGUGCCUCACAGACCAGGCCAUGGCAGCGCUCAAAGGCCGACUUCUUCCAAUGACAAAGCGUUGAGGUGAAAACCAAAACACAUGCCAAAACACAAAGCAUCUGAGCGGGAGGGUACAAAAUGGUGGUAGGGCAAUCAGGAAUCUGAGACAUAUUUUCUAACAAUAAAGAAUUUUGUUUUAUUACAUCAGAAUUUCUUUUUAUAGCAACUAAUAAUGGUUGGGAGACGAGAUUAUUUAUUUUAUUGCUGUUUAAUUUAACAUUUGCUAUAUACACAUACAUACAUGUAUAUACCUAU